AUGGGAAAGGAAUGGUAUUAUUGGGGUGGUGGAAAAACCUCCAAGAAAGGUGGUGGUGGUGGUGGUGAAGGAGGGAGAGAAAGAGAGAAAGACAAUGCUAAUUUAGGUUGCAUGUGUGCUGUAUUUCAGUUAUUUGAUUUCCAUCAGUUUCAGUUUCCUUUAAACCAUCCACAACAGUCUUCUAAUUUUCUUCAGCCCAAUUCCUUCCUUCGUCUUGAGGAUCCUCCUAUCCCAAAAGGUGUUGAAGCACCAAGGAAUAGCUUGGAAUUGGAAGAGGAGCCUUCAUUGGCAUCAUCAAAAGAUGAAAAUUUUAAUAUUCCAAUGGGUAUUCAAAUUAAAACAAAAGGAGUUCCAAAUAUUGAUUCAUCUUCAUCAGAAAUCAGCUCUUCUCCAGGAACCAAGACACCAAAUUUGGUAGCUAGACUUAUGGGUCUUGAUCUUCUUCCUGAUCAUCUUCCCUACUCACCAAGCCAUUCUUCUUCAUCAACUCUUGGCACACCAAAGCUUCCACCAAAAUCCCAUUUUCAGCACCAACGUUGCAGACCUCAACAACCACCUCACCAUAGCAAAAGAAGUAGCCCUCGUAGUUGUACUUUGGACCAUGAUUUUUCAGGCACUCGUUCUUUGCCUGAGACUCCAAGAAUCUCAUCAGCUAGAAGAUCAGAUGUAGAGCACCGUUUGUCACUUCAAAUCAACAAAGAAAAUGUAGGUGAAGACCUAGUGCUCUCUCGUUUCUCAUCUUUAAAAAGAAAAGAGCUGAAAGUUGAAGAAGAGAACAGAAGUCCAGGUCGCUAUGCAAGGCAAAUUGCGAAGCAAGUGAAAGAGAGUGUAGGCAGGAAAGUUGGCUUGGAUAUUACAAACACAGUGAGAAAUAGAGAGCAAACAAGAAGAAGAGAUCAAGAACUUGAGCUUGUUAGUCAAUACAAGUCCAAGAAAAUUCUCUCUAAAGCUCUAAGUACAACCAAAAUUGUUGACGUUUCAGCUAAUAGUCCAGGCAAGCAUUCUGUGACCACAACUUCUUGCUCAUCUAGACUGAAAUUCUUGGAACCCAAAAACAAGCCAAUCACAACUCUACCUUUUAAGGACCACAAUAAUAUUUCUCAUUCUCAGAAACCACCACCACCACCACCACUUCUGUCACAAAUUACCAAACCUUCAACAAAUCCAAAUUUGCCUCAGGUUCUGCAGGAUCAAUUCCAGCACCAGCACCGCCACCAACAGAGACCUUUCAAGAAGUGCAAGAAAGUGACUGAAGAAAAAUUUGGUCCACCGCCAUCAAGAAUCAUCAAGAAACCUCCAAAAACAUCAGAUAUUAUCAGAACCAAGCAAGGAGAGCCAUUUGUCCGUUCAACAUCAGCUUCAAUAACCAACAUUCCUGACAAGAAGUGCAAGAAAACCCCAUUAUCAAAUGACCUUAACAUCUCUCUCCCAAUUCUCCUUCCCGUCAAGAAAGACCCUACUCCUCCAGCUACAAAAAUACCUCAAAAACAGGUGUCAAAUGCUGCUCAAGAAUCGAAAUGGAGCUCACAGUUAUCUAGUUGUUCGAGCCAGUCGUACAAACAACCACAAGCGAUGCCUAGGCUCGAUGCCCGAGAAAACAACAAUGAGGAUAGGUCUAAUAACGGUGUCGCCGCCAAUACCAUCACCACCGGAGAUGGAGCAGCAAAAGAAGAAUAUGAGUACCUUACUAGAAUACUAAAACGUACUGGCAUAGACAAAGAUACCCCAGUGUCUUUUACUAGGUGGUUUUCUCCUUCCCAUCCUUUAGAUCCUUCAACUUUUUACUACCUCGAACAUUUUACCACACCUGGCUCCAUCACAACUUAUCAAAAUCGCACUUUGGACCGUCGAUGCAAUCGAAAAUUAUUGUUCAGUCUUGUUGACGAAAUUUUGGUCGGCAUUUUACGUCCGUACAUCAACAUGAAACCUUGGAGUAGUAGUACUAGGUUUGGCUUAGUUCCUCAGUACGAUCGAAUUAGUCACAUGAAUGGGUCGCAUUUGGUUCACAUGUUAUGUACAAAGAUUAGGAGCUUUCCUUGCGCUGAUUGUCAUGACCUCGAAGACAUUGAUGGGUUAAUAGGCAAAGACUUGCCCCAAUUGAUGAAGGAUCAAAGUGAAGUUGCUUUUGGAGAAGAAGGAGAAGGGAUUGUAAUGGAGAUAGAGAAGGAGAUCCCUUAUAUAAACUUAAAAUUGUCAAGGGAUUCUUUUAGAAGCCAUGGCCAAAAACUCGUAUUGAAUGCCAUUAGGAAUGACAAUGGAUCGAAUACAAAACGGAUACUUCCUGACAUACCCAAAUCAUCUUAUCAUAUGAUUUACAAGGCAAAAUUUAUGCCUGAUUAUCCACAAAUUAACAUGUUACGGUCUCGUUAUUAUACCUGGGAUGUCUUAAUUCCUUGUUAUGCGAAGGAACAACAAGUCUUUAAGGUUUUUGUUGAUAUCUCUGUCAUCAGAACUGGUCUGAGAGCUGUGACAGGACUCUGGAUAGAUAGAAGUGACAGGAAUAGACCUCAGCUGAAUAUUUCUGCUUCGUAA